AUGAAAUCUAUGAUAUAGGAUCCUGACUCUGCCAAUAAAAUCUCUAAGUAAGCUUAGACCAAGAUGGACAAGGCUAAACAGGAGACAAUGUCAUUUUUGCAAGAUGUUAUCAAGGAGUAGAGAAGAAGAACUCAACUCUUGGAAUCGUUUACAUAAUUAAACAAAAAGCAAAAAUAGAAGCAGCCAUCAAUGAUAUAACGAGUAAAAUAAGAAUUAAAAGAGUAAAAGUCGUUAAAAUCACAUAAAAGUAAUCGAUCUAACAAUAAUAUGAACAAUCCAAUUAUUUCUAGCAGUGACAUUUAAAAUGAAAUGGGCAGAAAAAAAUCAGUUAGAUUUAAUGAGGCUGAAAUUUAGAAGGUGGAAGAAGAACAGUUACUUCUUUUUAUGAAUUAGCCUUCAUUAAAGGGACCAAACCCUUUUGGAUAAUUAGAUGAAAUUAAGAGAUAGAAUAGUAUGGUUCAAAUUUCAAACACACAAUUUGAUUAUGAAAGGAAAUCUAAAUUAGGACCAAAUCCAAAAGUUAGCUAAUAACUUUAUACAAAUAGUGUUCUUGCUGGAGCAGUCUAGCCUUUUUCUAGGGCUAAAUCAUUUGCUGCAAUAUUAGAUGCUAAAAGAGCCAGUUAGAGAUAAAUUGAAAGUAUUCAUAGAGAACUUUAAUAUCAAACAUCAGAGGAUCCAUCAGUUGAUGCCACAAGCAGCGAAGAGGAAAACUUACCCUAUCCUUAUAAUGCAUUGCCUGAAUAGAACUGGUUUGAGCUUAAGUAGUAACUUAGAACAGUCAAUUUAAUUCUACAAGAAGCCGAUAAGGACAAUUCCAUGAAUAUAGAUAUGAGGCAAAGACAUUCUGUGCCCUUACAUUCAAAAAUAUUUGCAGCGAGGCUCUUAUCAAUUAGCUAAAAUAGAAUUUUAGAAGAACCAGAAAUUGACGAGGAAAGCCAUAAUGAUUCAAAAUCUAAAAGGUCAGUUAGUAACUCAAGGUUACUUGCACAAAAGGUACUCUCAGAGCUUGGAAUAAUUGAGAAUGGAAAAAUCUAAUCCUAAGAUAAAAAGAAGCCAUCAAAAACUUAAAUCAUACCAGAAUUUAAUGAAAAUGAAUAAGCUCUACAAAAGAAAAAGACAAUUGUUGAUCCUUAUAGAUGUCGACCCAAAGUAUAAUCGAAAUGGAGAAGAAUGAGAAAUGCAAUUCUAAUUGUUGUAAGGCUCUUAAAAAUUCAUCAGCAAGUACUAUUAUAUGGAACUAGUGAAAAACUAUUGGAUAUCAAUCGUGGAAUUGCUAAAGUAAGAGAUAUUAUGAUACCAGAUGCAUAAAAGUAAGGAGAUGCUUACGAAAAAUAUUUAAACUAUAAAGGAGACAUGUUUAUUUGGAGACCUGAGUCAUUUGUGUCUAAAAUGUGGCAAGAUGAUAAUGAAAACAUCGAGUUAUUUUAUUUGGACACUGUAAUUGAUUUCUUCUUUAUGUUUGAUAUAUAUGUUAACUUUAAUACACCAAUAACAGUAAAAACAGACGUUUACAAUAACAAUAGGAAAGAUAUCAUAAAUAGCUACCUUAAAUCUUGGUUUUUAAUAGAUUUGUUUGCUAGUUUACCAAUGAAUUUAUUCCAGAUGUAUUUAAUUCCCUAAGAAUACAAUCUCAAAGGUCAAGACUUGAUAAGAAUUGCUAGAUUACCUAGACUCUACAGAUUAUUUAGAAUGGCUAGAUUGACUACAUUCUUUAUUUCAGUUUUUCUCUGCGUUCAUUUAGUUGGCUGCUUAUGGAUUCUAGCUGCAAACCUAAGUGAAACUUAAAGUGAUACUUGGAUUUAUAGAAAAGGACUCUAAGAUGCUGAUGAUUAUUCUGUUUACCUUGCUUCUAUAUACUGGGCAUUUUAAACUUUAUUAACAGUAGGCUACGGGGAUGUAUCUGCUUAAACCAAUGAGGAAAUGAUCAUAGCAGUCAUUUGGAUGAUAGUAGGCAGUUUCUUUUAUACAUUUACUAUUGGUAAUUUAACUUCGGUCAUCUCAAAUCAAAAUACAAGAUAAUCAUAAAUCUCAGAUCGAGUAAAUAUCAUUAAUCAGUUUUGUAAAGAGACUAAUCUCGAUAGGACUCUGACAAAUAAAUUGAGGAAUGCUGUUUUUUACAUAACUAAAAAGAAUUUCGUAUGGGCAGAUAAAAUUAAAAUAUUCGAAGAAUUGCCUGCAAGUGUUAAGAGUGAUAUUGCUAAAGAGAUGCAUAGAGGAAUCAUAAAGAAAAUUAGAUUUUUUGAUGACAAGGAUAAUAAUUUCAUUGGCUCAAUCGUGCCUCUUUUGAAUCCAUUAAAAACCUUCAGACAUGAGGUGAUCUAUAAAAAAGAUCAUCAUCCUAACUCCAUAUUUUUUAUUACUUAAGGUAGAGUAUCGUUUUUUAUUGAAAGGAAAAAUAUAGCUUUUAAAGAUAUGAUUGAAGGAUGCUACUUCGGGGAUAUUGAUAUAAUAUUUAAAAGAAAAAGAAAGUAUACAGUGAUAUCAGCAGUUGAUUCUGAUUUUUUGACUUUUUCUAAGACUAUUUUUGAAGAUAUUAUCUAAAAAGACUACCCUGAGAUAUACGAGGAAAUGACUAUUGUAGCUUAUGAAAGAGAGAAAAGAAUCAAAGAUGCCAAGAAAAAGGCUUUAAAAGAGUAUAAAGCGUGGAAAACAAAAUAAAUAAAAUAGCAAGAGCAAUCAACUGCACGAAGACAAGAGACUGAUAAUGAGAUACAAAUGAAUGAAUCUGAGUUGUAUAACUUCAUAAAACAUAACAACACCGAACUUGGACAUGAUGAAUCAACUAACUAGUUAUAUUCAGAUGAUAAUGGAAUUAUUUCAGAUAGAAAUGCUUUGAAAAAAGAUUUGAGUCAAAUCAGCGAAUCUUUUGAGAAAGAAAAUAGUCAAUCCCAGAGCCAAAGCUCUAUUUCGUAGACUAAUCAACAAAUCAAUAAUAAUAUGGCAAAUAAUGGUUAAAGUAAUACUAUAGAGAAAUAAAAAAAUCAAAAUUCAGAUCAAAGCUUUCACCAGCCUAAAAAAGGAAUACUUAAGAAAAUAAGAUUAGUUAUAAAGCAUGAUGAAAACAGUGAUUAAAAUAAGAUAUAACAAGAGAAUUUUUCUCUCGGAUAUAUACAUGAUUAAGAACCAAUAGAAAACAAACUAAAUCACAUAACAUCUCCUGUGUUUAAAAGAGAAAAAACUAAGAGAGAAGAUUUGCCUAAAAGUAAGAGAUAAAGCACAAUAAUUAUCAAAGCCGGGAAAUUUGUAGAAAGAAAUGCUUUUUUAACAUAAAAGACCUAAAUAAACAGAAAAAUAUAGAGAAGUAUGGGUUCUAAUCUAUCAAUUGAACGAAGAAGUUCCAAAUUCUUCGGAGAAGGAAGCAACCAUAAUUACAAUCAAAACAGUAGCAAUAAUAAUAACGGAGGUGAAAGGAGAUCUUAUAAAAUGCCUUCAAACUUAGGGACUAUUUUCAAGGCCAGUUAGCAAUUACAGAUUAAGACUUUAAAUGAGGAUGAUUCAUAGAUUUUGGAUAAAGUUAGAAACAGCAGAAUCUUACAAGGGAGAAUUUCUAAAAGAAAUCUAGAUAGAAUGAUACUAAGCAAGUAUUAGGAAGAUGAUGAUGACGACGAUGAAGUAGAAUAAAGCAAAACUAGUAAAUCCAAUAAGGUCAAUUUAGUAGUUGAUACAUCUUCAGACGAUUCUUCUUCAGUAGAUGUUAAAAAAGCUACUCCAUCCUCAUACUCUUCAAAUACCUACAAUAAAACAGUAUCAGAUUCAAGCGUAAGCCCUAAAGGAUCUAAAUUGAAUUCUAAUAUGAACAGUCCUUUAAAGCAAAUGAAGAAAGGGGGUAAAAGAAAAAAACUAAAGUUCAAUGAAAGUAUUCAAUCUUAGAGCACCUUUAAUCGUCUAGGAACGAAUAACAAUCUUAGUAGUUCAAGAUUAGCAGUAUUUAAGCACAGUGAUUCACACAGAUAAAAUCCAUCAAGUAUGCUAAAGUAUGGUACUCCCAAGUUAAAGCAUUUGCACUUUCCUCCUAACUACAGAAUUUCAGAAAAACUUAACAUUCCUCAUUUAUUAAAGAAUGACCUGCUAGAUAUUAACAGAAUUGAGGAGGAAGAUCAUAAAGAGCAGAAGAAAAUAGAUAAACUAACAAGAAAUCUUUAAAAAGAUAUGGAUAAUAUUUCAAUUAAAAUGUAGAAGUAAGCACUAUCUUAAAGGAGUUUAGAAUAAAAGAUUGAUACUAUUGGUGAGACUAUGAAUACUCUUAUUGGGUAAUUAGUUAUUAUCAAGGAAAAUAUGAUGAUGGAAGAAGAAUCGCCAAUGCCUCUUGAUUAUGAAUGA